ACUUGUUAUGAUUCACCUACCAAACAUACACAAAUACACAUCGGUUUAAUAUGAAUUUCUGCAGAGCAACAAAUGAAAGCAUUGUGAUAAGAUAAGAUAACUUUCAAUGAUUUAAGCACAAAGUUUUCCAGUUUAUUAAUGAGCUGACGAAUAAACUCCAAGCAAGCCUACAACGCCCACACGUUCGCUAAGAAAUCCAUUAACACAAUGUCGACGCUUGCCGAAAAGGACAUUUACCAGUUGGUUGUCAGCACAAACAAAGCUUUAAAUGGUAUGGAGGCACCAUUAAAAACGAAACAUGCUCGAUCCAUUAUUAUUAUGAUACAUAAAACCAAAGAAGCAAAAUCAUUUUGGAACACCAUCUCCCGGCAGCCCUUAAUGCAAAGCAGAUUCACCGCCUGGAAGUUUUGCCAUCUGCUGCACAAGGUGCUAAGAGAGGCUCCUCCAAGCGCUAUAAAACACUCUCAGAGUCACAAGAAAAUGAUCCUUGAAGUGGGCAAAAUGUGGGGUCUUCUGCACAACGAUAUUGGACUCUGUAUAAACGCCUACUGCAAGCUCCUGGUCACAAAACUAAAUUUCCACGAAAAAAACACUUUUCCCGGAUCCCUAAUAAUUUCGUUCAAGGAAAUUUCAAAAGCUGCCGAUCGGGAUUUAAAUUACUUCUUUCAAUUGUGUGUGGAGAUCUUCGAUUAUUUGGAGGAUAUAAUUGCACUGCAGUUACAAAUAUUUUCUUCCAUAAAUACCUACCGGAUGUCGUCCAUGACUCAGCAGGGUCAAUGUAGACUGGCACCCAUGAUUUGUCUCAUUCAAGACUCGAACUCCCUCUACGAUAAUAGUGUAAGGAUUAUGUUUAAACUCCAUGAAAACCUACCGAACGACGUCCUGAGCGGCCACAGGGAUAGGUUUAAUGGUUUAUUUUUGAAGUUGAAAGUCUUUUAUGAAAAUGUGCGACCGCUUCAGUAUUUUAAAAGCUUAAUUUCGGUUCCGGAAUUGCCCGAAUCCAGUCCAAAUUUCAGUUCACAAGUUGAUUUCAGUAGUUAUAUACCGCCAGUGGUCUAUGUGCAACCAGAGCCCGAUCCAAUUGUUGAAGAUCUUGUUGAGACCAGCUGUCCCUCAGAGCCAGAUAAUAGCCAAACGCAGCAGCAGUUGAAUACACUCGAGAGCAUUAUAAAUGAGAAGGACGCCAUGAUUGAGGAGCUUAAAUUAAGUUUGAAUUCAUUACAACAAAAUUUCGAUGAGCUUGGACAGAGCUACCAACAUGAAGUGCUCGAAAUGCAGAAAGCCAAUGCCCUCUUAUCGAAUGAUCUGCUAAUAUCAAGGCAAAUGUGUGAAAACAUACGGAUGCAAAAUGAUGAUCUUGAGCUUCAAUUAAACAAAAAUCCAAUGCUAAUACAAAAGGUAAUGGAAGAAGAGGAAAAGCAGAAACAAUCUUCGGAAAAGUUUAACAAACUGAAAUUGCUGUACACGCAAAUUCGGGAUGAGCAUAUUAAAUUAUUGCGUGAACAAAGUGAAUCCACAAAGGUUUUAAAUAAAGAGAAGCAAACCAACUCUGAGCUACUAUUGCAAACAAAAGUCCUCAACAAUGAGAUACUAAAAAUAAAAGGCGAUGUUGAGGAAAAGAACAAGACCAACUUUGAUUUGUUGCAACAAAUAGAGGACCAAAAGGAGCAGCUUUCGCAGCUGGAAUCGGUUAGGAAUGAGAUAAAGGAGCAAUUCGAUAAUGUAGUAAAGCAAAAGGAAAUACAAGAGCUGGAUUCUAUUUCGACGUCUGAGAGAUUGAGUGAAAAUAGUUUGAUAAUUGAGAAACUGAAUGCGUCUCUAAAUGAGGCCCAGGAAAAGGUUUCAAUUGCUGAAAGCCAAAUAAGUUUGAAAAACGAAGAAAUACUACAGCACUUAAAAGCGCAUGAAACAGAAAAGGAAACGCUUCUAUCACAGAAUGAGCAACUAAAGCUGGAGCAUAAAGCGACCUUUGAGGAUCAAAAUAAACAAUUGCUGGAAACUAUAAAUAGCCUAAAGCAAAAGGAAACUUCCCUGCAGGAAUUAACAGAAGCUUUUGCGCUACUAAAGCAGGAAUUCGAUAAUGUAACCAAGCAAAAGGAAAUACAAGAGCUGGAUUCUAUUUCAACGUCUGAGAGAUUGAACGAAAAUAGUUUGGUAAUUGAGAAACUGAAUGCGUCUCUAAAUGAGGCCCAGGAAAAGGUUUCAAUUGCUGAAAGCCAAAUAAGUUUGAAAAACGAAGAAAUACUACAGCACUUAAAAGCGCAUGAAACAGAAAAGGAAACGCUUCUAUCACAGAAUGAGCAACUAAAGCUGGAGCAUAAAGCGACCUUUGAGGAUCAAAAUAAACAAUUGCUGGAAACUAUAAAUAGCCUAAAGCAAAAGGAAACUUCCCUGCAGGAAUUAACAGAAGCUUUUGCGCUACUAAAGCAGGAAUUCGAUAAUGUAACCAAGCAAAAGGAAAUACAAGAGCUGGAUUCUAUUUCAACGUCUGAGAGAUUGAACGAAAAUAGUUUGGUAAUUGAGAAACUGAAUGCGUCUCUAAAUGAGGCCCAGGAAAAGGUUUCAAUUGCUGAAAGCCAAAUAAGUUUGAAAAACGAAGAAAUACUACAGCACUUAAAAGCGCAUGAAGCAGAAAAGGAAACCCUUCUAUCACAGAAUGAGCAACUAAAGCUGGAGCAUAAAGCGACCUUUGAGGAUCAAAAUAAACAAUUGCUGGAAACUAUAAAUAGCCUGAAGCAGAAGGAAACUUCCCUACAAGAAUCUACAGUGGCUCUUACGCUCCUAAAGCAGGAACAGCUCUCGGUGACUCAACAAUACGAGGACUUGCAGGGCAGGCAUGCGGCUCUGGAAGAGAAGUUCCAUCAAACAACGAAACAAGUGGAUUCUAUUACUGAAUCAUAUGAAAACUGUCAUUCCAAUCUUAACGAUGUCAGAAAACUGGUAGUUCAAACUGUGAAGGACAUUUGCAAUUCCAAAUUGAGUGAUUCCGCCGAACAGCCCUUAGAUGCUAUUCCAAAAAUCACAACAGAAAUGGAUGGGCUCAUAGUUACAUUCAUUUCCUCGCCUGAUUUACAAAAGGCUACGUCCAUUAAGGGCUUGCAGGCAGCUAUGUUCUUUGGAUAUGCAUUUAUUAAAUUAUAUGAGCAGUGCGAUGUGGUCUACAAGUCCACAACAGAGAUUGAGACGGGUCAAGAUAUUUUAAUGAAAGCAUCAUCCAUAUGCUCAGACAUCUGCACCUUUUUCCAAUAUUCUCUCAACGACGAACCGAGGGAAAAGGAAACGCAUAAGGCUUUAAGCGAUGUACAAUCGAAACUGUCGGAUAUACGUAAAUUAGUUGAUAAAAUUAAACAGACAUUUGAGAAAAAGAUUGACUUCGAUAAGCUGCUCGAAAUAGAGCUUCGAGAGAUGGAUAGUGCGAUCGAUGAGGCAGCCUCAAAGAUUAUUAACCUGUUGGCAAAGGCCCGCGAGAAAGAUGACAAAACCAACCUGGAAGUCAAUGGGAAAAUUGUGGAUGCAUGCACGACCCUAAUGGAAUGUGUUAAAGUCCUAAUUUUAAAAUCGCGUGUGCUUCAGCAGGAAAUCGUCGCAUCUCAAAAAGGAAAUGCGAGUGCUAAUGAAUUUUAUAGGCGCAACAGUCAGUGGUCGGACGGGUUAAUAUCGGCUUCAAAAAGCGUAGCUAAGGCUGCGAAUUAUCUAGUUGAUGCUGCCAAUAAUGCCAUUGAAAGUGAAUCUGGGAAGAACUUUGAGCUCAUAGUCGCUGCCCAGGAAAUUGCUGCCUGCACUGCCCAGAUGGUUAUUGCAAGUAAAGUCAAGGCUAAUCGUAAUAGCCAAAAUCUGACAGACCUGACCAAAGCAUCGCGGAACGUAACUAAGGCCACUGGAACGUUGGUGGCCACUGUUAAAGAUUGUAAUUCCCAACUGGAAGAACUAAACGAGAAGGAGCUCUCCAAUCUUACACCAUCCCAAAUAAAGACCAUGGAAAUGGAAAUCCACGUUAAGGUUCUCGAAACAGAGCAAGCACUGCAGACACAACGUUUAAAAUUGUCGGCGUUUAGGAGGGAGCACUACAAGAACACAGAUUACUAAAUACUAAAUAAAGUGUACCUAAGUAUUAUGUAUUUUCUUUAUGUUAAAAUAAUAGCAGAACAAACGCAUAGAUAUAGAUGCAAGAAAUGGUAAACAUUACAAGGACAAGGGCUCUCUAAUAUUAUCCUCAGAACUGGGUUUGUUUGAUUGUGGCCUUAGUUUCUUAUUUGCUGUAAGCUUUCAAUAUUUGUUAAAUCCAUUAAAUUAUUUAGUAUACCCGAGCAAUGGUCGUAUUUUACUUUGGUAGACUAGAUAGACCUAUCCUUAUCAAAAAGAGAUCACACCAGAUGUAAAACAGCCAAAGAGAGUUUCUUAUUAAAUUUAAAUUCUACGUAUCUA